UCUCUCGCGGCCACCGUCAUCAUGUCUCCGACGGACGGUUCUGAUGCCUCCCCCGUUGGAUCUCUUAGUAGGAGGUCUUACGGUUACCCUGUUGAGACAAUGAAAGUGGAGCAUGGUGGUAGUGCAGUGGGUGGACCGCAUAUUGCAAAUAAUAUUGGGCGGAAGAGGCUCUUUGGUGAACUCAGUGCAGACCCUGGUACUAGUUCAGUUUCUUUGGUGCAUGAGAGAAACGUGUAUCCUCAAUGCAAAAUUAUCUCACAGGAUUUCAAAAAAUCAAACUUAACCAAAAAUGGUCUGAAGACUACUCAAAGCCUGGUAUCGGAAGUGCUUGAUGUGAAACAAAGAUUGCACCAAAUUGAAAUGGAAAUGUUAAAGCUUCAUUGAAAGCAGCUACCGAUGGAGAAAAAAGAUGGAAAAUGAUUCAUUUGUCGAAUUCUGGAUUCAGAGAAAAACGUUGAAGUUGACUCAAGAACUGUAUUAGUAACAAAUGUAAGCUAUUUGUGUAUGUUGCUGUAAGCUAUUUGUGUAUGUUGCUCCUUUUUUCUCUUUUUUGGUUGGUAAAUACAGAGACCUAAGUAGCCCCAAGAUAAUUGAGCAUUGGUUUUCUCACUAAAUUGUUUGUUCCUUGUCUAUUAGUACUUGUUUUCUUAUUAUAAAUAUAAAUUCUUCUCCACAACUGUCAUUUGUUUUUGUUAACAAAGCUUAUUGAUGGACUUCCUCUGAUGACUGUCGUGUACCUUGGAGAUGGAAUCACAUGAUAAUUUAGACACUAAGUCUAAAAACGUUUUCUCUGACAUUCCAUAUGGGGAUUUACAGUACCAAUCGUCAUUGAAGGGUUUUUCACACAUUUAUAUUUCUAUGUUGUUUGGAAGUUUAAAUUAUUUGAGUUAUUUGCUUCAAUCUUUGUUUUAAGUUGAAAUACUUUUUGAACCUUAGAAGAUGGCCAUAGAGUACGUAGACUGUAAUUGAGAGAAACAUUAAAGCUCACAAUAGUGUGAUGAGAAGAGCCUGACUCUAUUGCCAACAGAAAAUAAUUAAAGGAAGGUAUUUAAUUGGUUGGAUUGUAAUUCUAAGUAAAGCAGUUGAUAGUAAAAGAUGGAAACCAGAGGUGUGUGCCGAUUCAUGCCCGUUAUCCUCGCUUUGAGUUCACUUCUUAGUUAAUCUAACCAGAAAGCAGGGGUUGUAGAACACUUUUGUUUAAAUAAAAUGAAAGGUAUUUGUGAUUAAUUUCCAUGGAGAUAUUGCUAUUAUUCCUUCUGAUUUAUUUAACGUGUUUUAAAUUCUGCAUUUGUUGUUCAAAAUAACUCAUAAGCAUACCAUGUACUAUUUGAAAAAAUAAAACAGAUACGUUUUAAAGCAAUUAAAGAAGCUUUGUCGUUGUUCUUUGCCAACUGUGGAGGGGUUGUCAAUGUGGUAAUGCUGACAGACAUAUUAACUGCUAACCGACAAAGGGCUGCUUAUGUUACCUUUGCUAACGAGGAAUCUGUUGACAAAGCCGUGGCAUUGAGUGGGACAACAUUUUAUUCAAGAACUGUGAAGGUGCUGAGGAAGGCAGAAGCAGCUUCUGCGGCAACAGCCCCAGCCCAGCUUUCUGCGAAGCCUUUCCACGCACAUGGUAACAGAAAGGCCAUCCCCAACAAACCACGGUAUCCGAGCUCUAGUCUACAAUGGCGGAGAGAGCCCAGCACUGAUCCAACGGAAGCAGAACAACCAUCAGCUCCAGCUAGUGUCGAAGUUGUUUCCUCAUCUGCCCCAAAACAUCUUUCUGAUACAGACAAAGAGGGGAAUGCCUCGUCAACAGAGCGCGCUGCAACUCGAAGCACUUAAUUUCCAGAAUGUCAUCAUUGGGAUGACAUACAGCUUACUAACUAUACCAUACUAAAUAACCGCAGGUCAGGGGGCAGAUUAGGUUGAUCUGUAAAAUCUACUUCUAAACUUUUGAAGGCUGUUUUCUAUUUCGUUUUUGUUUUUUUUUACGGUCCACAUGCCUUUUCUUUCACACACACCAUCUCCGAUCAACUACUUCCUCUUUUUUCUUUUCUUUUUUUGGGUCAAUUACUACUUCCUCUUUAGGAUGGAUAUAGAGGGUGUGCACAACUGCACAGCAUGAAAGUGUACUGCGUUAGUUUGUAAAAAUAAUUCCAAGGCUUACUUUGUUCAGUAAUUACUUGGUAUAUAAAGUUACGGAUUAUCAGAUAAUUUGGAUGAGAAUGUGAUGUCUUGAUUUUUGUCCAUCA